AUGAAACUUGCUAACGAUAAAACUAAAUGGCGAGAUGAUCAUAGAAAUGCAUUACAUGAUAUAAUCAAUCAAAUACCACCUAUCCCACCAAAAACCCAACAGUUUCAUUUGCACUCGAUGGCUAUACUAUGUGAUGCCAUCGUUCGCAAAGUAGACCCGAAAAGGCGAACACUGGCUCGUUAUUUUAUGGAAGAAAUUGCAUGGCCUCUUGGUUUGGACAUGCUUAUCGGGAUCCCUCGAACCCAACUAUACCGUGCUGCCAGGACCUACCACGCUGAUGCUAUCAGUGUGUUUUGUGCCAUUUUAUAUUUUGAUGUGAAAUACGCAUGGACAAACUUAGUCACUUCUAAAUGGCUACCUUAUUCAAAAGAGAGAAAUAUGGCAUUGGAUGUAUUUAAUGAUUAUGAGAUUUAUUAUAAUUGGAAUCCUGAUUUACUGGAAGUUCCAUUAGUUUCAACACACCUAUUCACUAAUGCACGAAGUUUAGUCCGUUUAUUCACUCUGUUAGAAAAUUCAAAGGAUAAGAUUGCCAGUAAUUCAUCAUCUGACAAUCAUCCGUUCGUCCUUAAGAAGUCAAUAAGAGAUUGGAUGCUUCAAGUUUUAAAUACUUCUUCUUAUGAUCCGGUUCUCCAUCGACAUUUAAAACUUACUUCUUCAGGUUUCAUGGUCACUAAUUCACCAAAGAACACCCUAAUGUUUGGAAUGUGGGAUGAUAUUCUUGGCCAAGGAGUUUUUAUUGAUCCAGAGAAACAGUUAACUUGGGCUUAUGUUACAAAUCAUGCUCAUGGACGAUCAUUAGACAGUGAUCCUAUUUUAAACUCUUUAAUUCAUUCAGUGUAUUCAUGUAUUGAUAAUUAG